GCCAUCACAUUCACAUCAAGGACCUAUAGAAAAACUGAGGGGUCGUGGUUUUUCGAUCGGGACCAGAUGCGCUUUUACGCACUCCGUCUCCAGCCCUCACACUCCGCGCGCUUUUUACGCACACUGGAUAUUUGACUCCUCGGUCUUCGGCACGAUGUCAAACGUCAGAAAACCGCAUUAUUCUAUAGGAAGAGGCUGUGUGUCAUUCAUGUGGGGCUCUUGAGAGGGCCAGUGUGUUUCUCGUCGCAGAGACGAAAUGACCUGCUCUCAGUGGAGUUUACUUAGACUUUCUUUCCCCAUUCCAAUUCAGAUACUGUAGCUCCGUCAAAGCGGGAUUUGUAGCUUCAGGACUUACUUGAAAAUCGUCGGUAUCUGCGGAUAUCUCUGUCAGGGAUAAAUCAAAAGCACACGAUGGCUUUGUCGUUCCUCUGCGCACUGUGCAUGUGGAUGAGUUUAGUCUGUCCUUCGCUGGGAACAGGGUUUGUCUAUCACUUCCCAGGUAUCACUGUGCAGCGGCAGCGCAUCAAAUCGGAACAGAGCGGCAGCACUGGACCGCCAGGUACCGGGUCCCGUACCCAACUCAGGAACUGGUGUCAGUAUACUGUUUCCAGGACAGUGUCCUGUCAGGUGCACAACGGGACGGAAACCACAGUCCAGAGAGUGUUCCAGGGCUGCCGAUGGCCUGGACACUGCUCCAAAGUCAUCAGCUACAGGACCGUGAUCAGGCCGUCCUUCAAGGUUACCUACAAGCAGGUCACCGCGCUGGAGUGGAGAUGCUGCCCAGGGUUUGUGGGAGAGGAGUGUCGUGAAGAGUGUAUGAACUGUACCACUUUCACUGACAUGAACAGCAGAAUAAAUGCCAUCGAAACGAAGAUCAAGGUGUUAGAAGAGGGCGGUUCAUCCCUGCCGAAAGUCAACGGUUUACCAGAAGGCUCAACAGACAAUGAGGUGGACGCACCCCAACCCACGCCUAUUGGACCGCCAAUCUACCUGCCGCCAGGAGUGCCAGUAGGCAGAGGGCCUCCAGGGCCCAUCGGACCACCAGGGCUUCCAGGUUCUGCUGGACCUCCAGGUCCAGCUGGAAGAGCAGGCCUCCCAGGACCCGUUGGUAAAAUAUCAAGACGUGACUUUCCAGGACCAAAGGGGGACAGAGGUCUACCAGGAGAAAUAGGUCUCCCUGGCCUUCCCGGUCCACCAGGUCCUCCAGGGCGGAGCUCCUCUCGUGUCCAAGAGCGGGGUGACGUUUUUCAUUUGGAUAAUCAAGAGGAGAUCCACGACCAUCCCACUCUCCCUGCUCCUCAGAUCGUCAUCGGGCCUCCUGGUGCAACUGGCCCCGUCGGCCCCUCAGGCCCUCCAGGACUGAGAGGACCUGCAGGGAUACCAGGCCUGCCGGGACAAGAUGGCAAGGGAGGCCUCCAAGGCAAGCCGGGGGAUCCUGGGCCUAAAGGAGAUCCAGGGGAAAGGGGGCCUCCAGGUGUAACAGGCGAGCAGGGCCAACCUGGAGCACCGGGGCCAAAAGGAGAGCCGGGAGAGGGCUUGAUUGAGGGCGAGGCCGUGCAGCAGCUCAGGGAGGCCCUGAAGAUCCUGGCCGAGAGGGUCCUGAUCCUGGAGCACAUGAUUGGCGUUCAUGACAACUCUGAAGGAUCUGGAUUUGGCAGCAUUUCGGACCCCCUGUCUUUCGCUGCCAUAAAGAUCAAACGGCUUCAGCCUGUUCAAACCCCUCCAGUACUGGAUGAGAGACACAGACGAGCUCCCCUUUAACAGGAUAGUCUAAUUUUGUAUGUAUGUGUAGAAUUGUGAUGGGUGUGGCAGGUGUUUGUUUAGAUCAUGUUUCUUAUACCUUCAUUACUGCAAUUUAUUUGCCUUCUAUUGUUUUGUUGUUGUUUUUUUUGUUACAAAUGAGUACAGCUGUAAAAAAGCAGCUCUUUGCAGACAUGAGAUGUUGAACAUUUCAUCCACAUGAAAGGCUUUGUUGAGCCUUUUUCACACUGUUGCUGCAUGAUCCGGCAUAACCUUAGCAGCAGCAGUUGUACAAUGUUGUACAAUGAAAUACAGCCUCAUAAAGUGUUAUGAAAGUUCUCUGGCAUCCUUGUCUUUCCUCAGAUAAAAGUCUGCCUAGUAAACACAUCAGCUCCCUCCACCGAUGUUGCAAAGCUCCUCAGGCUGCAAUGUGAGUUCCCGAGAGCUGGACCCAAAAUAUACUAUUUAGUGUCAAACACAUUUUUGGAACGACCUCGGGGUUCAUCUUGUGUUAGCCUGUCAAACAUAUUUCUUCCUCUCUCUUCUUUCUGUGUCUCUCUGGCUGCUCUGCCUUGUUAAAACUGAGGUAAGACAUGACAAGCUGCCAAGAAUAUCUGCUUAAAAUAAAGUUAGGUGAAAUGAAUAGCAUCUGGAGAGUGCACAUCUGGAAAGCAAAAGGAAGAGAUACUGAAACGGUUGAGUUUUGGCCUGGAAACCAUAAACCCUGCUCGGCUCCAGUGCACCUUCACGUGACUGGCUGAUGGAGACAGGAUUAUACUGAUGUCUUCACAGCCUGCCUCUGAGAUUUGUUUCCAAACUGAUAUGAUUAUUGUAUAAUGAGUCUCUGAGAGACCAAGCCUGUUGGUUUCUGAAUAAAGCUGUGACCAUCUGGUACAAUCUUUGUUUCCUCCAUUACAAGGUUCAUGUGUAAAAGGAAAAGGUUGGCAUUUUUUGGUUAUAAGGUCAUUUGCUUUCUAGCUGAGAGUUACAUGAGAAGAUCAAUACUGGAGCUGGCAGCUUAGCUUAGCACAAAGAAAGAAAGCAGGGGGAAAGCACUAGCCCGGCUGUUUUCCAGCACCUGCAACCUCAUGGUGGCAAUGCUGCUGCGCUCCUGUUGUAUCGUUCAGACCAGAAUUAUGAGCAGAAUUAUGAAUGAGAAAAACUGAUGUCAGCCUCUCACUAUAUACUGUAGUUGCAGAUUUGGGGAAUUUCAGACAAUGGUGAUAUGCUGCAGCCAUUUGGCUGUGAAGACAUCAUCUCAGAGCAUUACACUGAAACACUGUUAGUGCGUAUCUGGUUUCACUUGUUAAUGAACUACUACAAAUAUGUAGCAUGACAGGAGAAGCUUUUAGGAAGGGCCUGGUGUGACUACAAGGUUAACAGUCCAUUUGAAGUUAUGCAUGAAGACUCCCAAGUCAAAAUAACAGGAGGUUUUCCUGUUCGUCCUGUUCUGCCAACAUUCCUUGAAUGCACCCUGCGGCCAACAUAUUGUCUCUCACUGUAAAACCACAACUUGUCGUCAGGUUUUUGUAUGGAUUAAACAAACAAGGCAUAAUGUGCUAAUUACUGAGCCUUAGGUUGGCUGGUAGGCAGAUUUUCUUAGCUUCAAACAGAGCCAAGUUAGCUGUUUCUCCAUGUUUCCAGUAUUUGUGCUAAGCUAAGCUACACAGCUGCUGACAGACGCUGUUAGUGGAGUGGUAUCGAUCCUCUCGUCUAACUUUUGGCCAGAAAGCAAAUAGGCCUAUUUCCCAAAAUGGCAGACUUGAUCUUGAGCCAUCAUUAUCAGAAAAGCGAUGAACCUGUCUGUACCUGAUUAGUUAUAUGUUUCAUAAGCUUUAGUCUACUGAUAUCCUUUAAAUACAGCUGUUUUGUUGCGUU